GAGGUGUCAUUGUUGUUAAUUCUCAUAAUUCAUAACUCCACCUGUUUAAAAUCCACUGCGGCUGUGCCAGCCAGGUCAUCAGUCGGGAGGAACAGCCCAGUGUAAGCAGAAAUUUCUGCAGUCCAAGGGCCACUCUACUAGUCUUUCUGUACCUGUAUGUGAAUCACACAGUAAACCUCACAUUGUCGCUUCGAAAUGGCAUCCAAGGGCAAGGAGGUUGUUACCGGAAAAUCCUCCUCCGGCAGUAAGCGGGAGCGUGGCGGUGGUGCUGAUGAAGACAUUCCCGGCAGUGGCAGGAAGAGGAGAAACCGCGAGGUUCUUCAGUUCUUCGAGGAUACAGCUGAGGUAGACGACGACGAGAGCGAUCAGAGUGAUUUUGAUGACGAUGAAUUUGACAUUGAGCUGAAAGUCAAGAAAGAACCAGUGAAAAUGCAGAAUAUUCCAUUCAUUCCCAAAGAGGAGGCGAUGGAUGAGGAAGAAUUUGAUAAGAUGAUGGAGGAACGUUACAAAGAAGGUUCUAGUUUUGUUACAUAUGCUGAAGAUGCUUUUGAAACCAAAUCAAUGGAAAGAAAUACUCAUUUUCCAUCUGCUAGGGAUCCAACAAUCUGGAAGGUCAAAUGCAUGGUUGGACGUGAGAGGCAUUCAGCUUUCUGCCUUAUGCAGAAGUUUGCUGACUUGAAAUCUCUAGGCACUAAACUGCAGAUAAUUUCUGCAUUUGCUGUUGACCAUGUAAAGGGCUUUGUUUACAUUGAAGCUGAUAAGCAAUGUGAUAUUAACGAGGCUUGUAAAGGGCUUUGUAGCAUUUACUCUACUAGAGUGGCACCAGUUCCAAAAAAUGAAGUUUCUCAUAUACUUUUUGUUCGAAGUAAAUCUAAUGUAGUUAGUGAGGGAAUGUGGGCCCGUAUCAAGAAUGGGAAAUACAAGGGGGACCUCGCACAGGUUGUUGCUGUAAAUGAUGCACGGAAAAGAGCGACAGUGAAGCUUAUUCCAAGAAUUGAUCUACAAGCACUGGCCCAAAAAUUUGGUGGGGGAGUUUCCAUGAAGAAUGCUGCAACACCUGCUCCUAGAUUGCUCAGCUCAAGUGAACUAGAGGAGUUCCGGCCCCUUGUUCAAUAUAGACGUGACCGUGAUACUGGCAAGAUGUUUGAGGUUCUUGAUGGUCUGAUGCUCAAGGAUGGGUAUUUGUAUAAAAGGGUUUCUGUAGAUUCAUUAAGCUGCUGGGGUGUCACGCCACCAGAAGAGGAGCUGGUCAAGUUCCAACCUUCUGAGAACAAUGAGUCUGAUAAUUCAGAAUGGCUUAAACAGAUUUAUGGUUCACCAAAGAAAAAACGUAUAAUCGGAAAUGGCAAAGGCGCUGAUAAAGGAGAGAGUUCAUCAGGUUCUGGUGCCCAUAAUAGUUUUGAACUGUAUGAUCUUGUGUGUUUUGGCCGUAAAGAUUUUGGUCUUAUUGUAGGCAUGGAAAAAGACGAUUAUUACAAGAUUCUGAAAGAUGGACCGGAAGCACCAGUAGUGGUGACUGUUGGACGGCAUGAGUUAAAAAAUGGACCCUCAGAUAUGAAAUUUAUUGCGUUAGAUCACCGCACGAAAACUGUAUCAAUUAAUGAUACUGUCAGGGUGUUGGAAGGUCCAUUAAAGGAUAGGCAAGGAAUCGCUAAGCAAAUCUAUAGGGGAAUCAUUUUUAUGUAUGAUGAGAAUGAGACAGAAAAUGGUGGUUAUUUCUGUUCUAAAGCUCAAAUGUGUGAGAAAAUCAAGCUUUCUUUUGAUGCUUCCGGUGAAAAGGGUGUUGAAUCAGGCCCAGUAGGCUUUGAAGAUUUCCCAUCAUCUCCUAAAUCUCCUCUGUCUCCUAAAAAACCAUGGCAAACGAAGGAAAAUAGUAGAGAGUUCAACCGAGGGGAUAAGGAUGGAAUGUUCUCCAUUGGUCAGACCUUGAGAAUCCGUAUAGGACCUUUGAAGGGUUACCUUUGCCGUGUUUUGGCUAUACGUUAUUCUGAUGUUACUGUGAAGCUUGAUUCUCAGCAGAAAGUUCUUACAGUAAAAUGUGAGCAUCUCUCUGAGGUUCGUGGGAAGAGUUCUGCUAUGCCUGCAAGCGAUGAUUUGGGGUCCAGUUCUUUCAAACCAUUUGAUCUACUUGGAACUGAAGGGGGUUCUACAGGUUGGACAGAUGGAGCAGGAACAUCAGCUGAUGGUGAUAAGUGGAAUACUGGAGGAGCCGCCACUGAAAGUUCAUGGCCCAGCUUCUCUUCCUCAGGCUUGAAGCUUCAAUCUGAAUCCAAUUUUGCCAAUUCAUCAGGUUCUGCAGAUAACAAUACUAAGGAAGGAGGUGCUUCUUGGGAAAGGAAGAUCUCUUCAAAUCAGAAUUCCUCUUGGGGUGCAGCUGCAGCUGAUGACAAAGCUGUUGCUAAUAAUGAUCAAGUGCAUGGUUGGGGGAAUGAGGAUUGUUGGAACAAAGCUGCUACCAAUAUAGGGUCUAGCAGUGGUGCAACUGUUGGCUGGGGUAAAGCAACUUUGCCCAGUGAAAAUCCAGCAGGUGCUUCAAGAGAUUCUGGAGAUGGCUGGGGUCAGUCUAAACUUAAUGUUGGAAAUUCUACAACUGAUUCUGCAGCAGGUUGGGAGAAGGGAAAGACUGUCAUUGGAAAUCCAACGACCAGUUGGGGAGACAUAGCCACAAAGAAGAAUCAGCUGGACUCUUGGGGCAGUCGUAAGGAUGUAGCAGAAUCAGGAUCCUGGAACAGGAAAAGCUCCAGUGCAGGUGAGGACCACUGGAACAAUGCUACUGGGUGGAAUCAACAGAAAUCUCAGAACAAAGACACCUGGGGAAGUACUGCAGAAGCCCAAAAUAAAGAUACUGUUCAUGAAGAGUCAUGGGGUAAAAGAUCUAGUGCAGGCGAGGACCAUUGGAAUAAGGGUGCUGGGUGGAAUCAGCAGAAAUCUCAGAACAAAGGGGACACUUGGGGAGGUACUGCAGUUGGUAGCUGUGCCCAACCAGAUUCGGGAGAUGCUGAUGAAGUGAAUGGCUGGAUGAAAGCCAAAGUUGAUGGUGCAAGUCAAAUUGCAAAUUGGGGAAACCAAAAAAAUCACAGUGAAGAUGCAACUGGUUGGACUAGAGAUGGAUCUAGUGGCCAGACCCAGAGUGAUAAUUGGAAUAAAUCACAGACCUUUGGUGCUGAUGGGGGAUCUUGUAAUAAGCAAGAGGGAGAAUCUGCUUGGGGUAAAUCAGAUGGAGGGCCAUCUUGGAAUAAGCAGGAUGGAUCCUCUUGGGGCAAAUCAGAGGGAGUGUCUUCUUGGAGUAAGCAAGAUGGAGGUUCUUCCGGAAACCAGGAUAGACUUCAAGAAUUUGGCGGUUGGAACAAGACAUUUGAUGGAGGUCGUGGAUCAGGUGGGAGAAGGGAAAGAGGAGGUGGUAGGGGAGGCAGAGAUCAAUUUGGCAGAGGAAAAAGACCAUUUGGAGAAGAUCAAUCUUUAGGUUGGAAUAAAGGAGGUGAAGGAAGCAAUUGGACAGGUGAUGGAGCACCUUCAAGGAAUCCAUCUGGUUGGGGCAAUGAUCAAGUUGGUGAUUGGGUUACCUCCAAUGCCCCUGAGGAAGGUAGAGAAGGUGAUCAGAAGAAACCAAAUUCUUCUUGGGGGGAUAAUGAAGCAGGAUGGAACAAAAGCAAGGGAGCAGGUAAAGAGAUCGGUGAAAAUUGGGACAAAUGGAAUUGUGCAAAGUCCUCUUUUGAGAAGAAAUCUAGUUGGGGUGAUGAUAAAGGUGAAUGUCAGGGUGAUGACUACAAUUUAGAUAAUCAAUCAUUAGGAGGGCAAACAGAAGCUCCAAAAUGGAAUGCAUCAAAAUCAGUUGAUGGGAACUGGACUACUGAUUGGAACAAAGGAUCUGCUGCAAAUGAAGGGUCAAGUCAAAGUUGGGGUGGAGGCAGCAAAAGCAACAUGGUGAAAGCUUCUAUUGGUGAAAAUGCUACUGGUUGGAUAAGUGGAACAUGUGGGGUAGGUACAAAGCAGACAGACUGGGGUGCUCCUAAAUGUUCCAAGUCAUCAUUGGCUAAUAAAGCUGGUGCUGUGGACAAUAGCCAGCCCUCUGUUUGGGGCAGCAAAAGCAGUUGGUGUGGUUCUAAAUCUUCUGGACAGAAGUCCAGUUGCGAUCAGAAAUCUGAUGAAAUCGAAAAGGAGAGUGAGCAUAAAGAUCAAGAUGGUUGGAAUGGUGGACAAGCUUUGGAUGGAGAGUUGGCAAAGGGAUGGGGUCAAAGUGCUAGCUGGGGAAGGGGAUCAACUGAUACAGGUGGACCUACCGAUGCAAAUAGGAAAUGUGAUUCUAGUAAAAACCAUGAUUCUGAUUGGGGUAACAAGGGUGGCAGUAGCUCUGGAUCCGGUGAUUCUGGCAGAGCGGGCUCAACCUGGGGCAAGAGAUGUAAUUGGAACUCUGGAUCCAAUGAUGCAGAUGGGAAUCAGGGUUCUGGUUGGGGCAAGAAAAAUUUCAACUCUGAAUCUGGUGAUACUAACCAAAGUUCUGGUUAUGGCAAGAAAAGUAGCUGGAAUUCUGGAUCUGGUGAUGCAAGCCGGGAUUCUUGUGGUUGGGGCGAGAAAAGUAGUUGGAAAACUGGAGAUAGUAAUGUCAACCGGGGUUCUUUUGUAGCCAGUGGUGAAGACCAAACUGAUAAUUCUGGCUAUCGAGAAGGUGGUGGGAGUUGGAGGGGUGGUUUCAGAGGAAGAGGUGGUUCUUUUGACAGAGGGGGCUUUAGAGGUAGGGGGGAGAGAGGAGGUUUUUGGGGUAGAAAUGGUUCAGACAGGGGAGGCUAUGGGGGUAGAGACAGAUCCGACAGAGGAGGAUUUGGAGGUAGAGGUGGUUUAGAUAGGGGAGGUUUUGGUGGUAGAGGUAGAUUUGAUAGAGGAUAUGGUGGCAGAGGCGGUGGAAGGAGGGAUCAUAGUGGUAGUUGGAAUGAAAACAAUGAUUCUGGCAAAGACAAGGCCUUUGACUGGAAGAAUGGGAUCAACAAUGAUGGCGAAGGAUGGAAAACUAGUGGCGGAGGCAGUUGGAACCAAGGGGGUGCUAAUAAGAGCCAAACUGGUGGUUGGGGCAAGGGCAUUAAUGCAGUUGGGGAAUCCAAUGAUUCAUGGGGUAAAUCAUCAGCAAGCUCUUGGGGAAACAAGGGAGAUGGUAAUGAUGGAGGAGGAUGGAAUACUAGUGGAGGCAGCUGGAAGCUAAGAGGUGAUGACAAGGCCGACUGGAAGAAUGGGACAAACAAUGUUGGCGAAGGAUGGAAAACUAGUGGUGGAGGCAGUUGGAACCAAGGAGGUGCUGAUAAGAGCCAACCGCAGAGAUGGGAUUCCAGAAAUGAUGAAAGUAGUAAUGAAGCUGGUGGUUGGGGCAAGGGCACUAAUGCAGCUGGGGAAUCCAAUGAUUCAUGGGGCAAACUGUCUGGAAGCUCUUGGGAAAACAAGGGAGAUGACAAUAAUGAUGGCAGAGGAGGCAGUUGGAGCCAAAGUGGUGCUGAUAGGAGCCUAUUGCAGAGUUGUACUUCCGAGGGAACUAGAAGCCAAGCUGGCGGUUGGGGUAAGGAUGCUAAUGCAGAUGGGGAACGCGGUGAUUCAUGGGGCAAAGCAUCCGGAAGCUCUUGGGAAAACAAGGGAGACGGUGGAAGUAGCAAAGGAGGAUGGUAAGUUGAUCCACAAAUUUGUCAUCUGAUUUGUGUUACUUGGAAGGACUGAAAGUUCAGGGAUCUGUAUAUAUUGGUUUCUUUGCCCUUUUUUUGUUCUUUUUUAAAUGCACUAUUAAGGUGUGAAAACAGUAGUUUCUUGUGGAACCAUGCACAAGUCCUUAAUCUUCCUUCACUUUUUGGACACUGGUACUAAUGAGCAGAGCUCGACUGAGCAUGGAUAAGGGAACACCUGUUUUAUAAUGGCCAGUGCAUGGUUAAUUAAGCUUACUUGCAAGUCAUUUGUAAAAAAAAAAAAUGUUUGUCCUUAGAUAAUUCAGCAUAUUAUGUUUUGGUUUA